UCAGUGUGUAUAGGUUUAAGAUUCCGUAGAAUUUUUUAUAAGUAUUGUUCAACAUCUUGGUCUCGGAAUAGUUGACAAUGAAGUUUAUUCUUUUAGUUACUCUCAUUAUUGGAUCAACAUAUGGAUUCUAUAAUGAUGAUGAUUACGUUGUGGAAUUAACACCAAGUAAUUUCGACUCUGAGGUUUUGGAAAGUAAAGAGUUGUGGUUGAUUGAGUUUUAUGCGCCGUGGUGUGGACAUUGUAGCUCUCUUGCACCAGAAUGGAAAAAGGCUGCAGAUAAUUUGCAGGGCCUUGCGAGCAUUGGUGCAGUGAAUGCAGAUGCCCACCCCUCAUUAGGCUCUAAAUACGGUGUCCAAGGUUUUCCUACAAUCAAAAUCUUUGGUUUUGACAAAAGUAAUCCAAAACCUUACAAUGGUGCAAGAUCUGCAGAUGCCAUCACUGAUGCAGCAAUGAAAGCAGUUCGCGAGAUGGUAGAAGAUCGAAAAAGUGGAAAAAAACGUGGAGGUGGUGGUGGUGGACAAAGUCGAAAAGAGGAAAAAUCAUCAAGUGAUGAUGUCGUCACGCUUACCGAUUCAAACUUUAGAGAACUUGUACUUGAAGGGAAAGAAACUUGGUUCGUUGGGCCUGCGAGCAUUGGUGCAGUGAAUGCAGAUGCCCACCCCUCAUUAGGCUCUAAAUACGGUGUCCAAGGUUUUCCUACAAUCAAAAUCUUUGGUUUUGACAAAAGUAAUCCAAAACCUUACAAUGGUGCAAGAUCUGCAGAUGCCAUCACUGAUGCAGCAAUGAAAGCAGUUCGCGAGAUGGUAGAAGAUCGAAAAAGUGGAAAAAAACGUGGAGGUGGUGGUGGUGGACAAAGUCGAAAAGAGGAAAAAUCAUCAAGUGAUGAUGUCGUCACGCUUACCGAUUCAAACUUUAGAGAACUUGUACUUGAAGGGAAAGAAACUUGGUUCGUUGAAUUCUAUGCACCGUGGUGUGGACAUUGUAAAAAUCUUGCACCACAGUGGGCGAGAGCAGCAACUGAAGUGAAAGAUAAGACUGAAGGAACGAUCAAACUCGGUGCAUUAGAUGCAACAGUUCAUCAAGCUACUGCUCAGCAAUACGGGAUCCGUGGUUAUCCAACCAUUAAAAUUUUUAAACAAAAUGAGAAGAGCAGCCCAAUAGAUUACGAUGGGUCACGCGAUUCGAGUGGUAUCGUCAACAAAGCCAUGGAAUAUUAUGUGGAAAAUAUCGACCCACCAACUAUUUAUGAACUUGUAAGUCAAGAAGUGUUUGAUGAGAAUUGUGGAACCCAUCUUUGUAUUCUUGCUUUCUUACCUGAUAUUGCCGAUGAUGGUAAAGAUGGUAGGAACAGAUAUAUAGAUUUGUUGAAAUCACUUGGUGAUCGAUUCAAGAAACAAAGAUGGGGAUGGGCUUGGCUUCCUGCUAAUGCAAAUCCAGAAUUGGAAAAAUCAUUGAAAGUUGGUGGAUCAGGUUACCCGGCUCUUGUGGCUUUAAACAAGAAAAAGGAUGUUUAUGCAUUAUACAUGGGUGCAUUUAGUGAUGAUGGUCUUGGCCCAUUCCUCAACCAAUUGACUUACGGACGCAGUCGGCUCAGUACUCACACACUAUCUGAAGGAAAACUACCUGAAGUGAAAACCCGUGAACCCUGGGAUGGAAAAGAUGCACCACCGAUGGAAUUCGUGGAUGAAGACCUCAGUGAUUUUAAAUGGGAUGAUGAAUUAUGAUGUAACAAUAGCAGCGUUAAUAACAGUUCCAUGGUUUACAAAUAUUCAAUGUGAAGCAGCAAAAUUUUAUUUUUCCACCUUGCCGCUAGGUGGGGUGAUGUGCAAUAUGAAAAAGAAAUUAAGCAACCAAACACGGCAGUAAAAUGUGCCUUUGUUUAAAAGUUUCAAUAAAACAUAUUCUAGAUUAAUAAUUCUUGAUUUGGAUGUAAAAUGUUUGUCACCUGAUACAACAAAUACAAUAGCAGCCUUUUUUCAA